AUGGCGGCCAACGUGGGGGAGUCCACGAGCGGGAGCAGCAGCGUGGCCGGCGACGGCGGGGGCAGCUUCGAGUGCAACAUAUGCUUCGAGCUGCCGCAGGAGCCCAUCGUCACGCUCUGCGGCCACCUCUUCUGCUGGCCCUGCCUCUACAAGUGGCUGCACAUCCACUCGCACUCCCCCGAGUGCCCCGUCUGCAAGGCCGUCGUCGAGGAGGACAAGCUCGUCCCGCUCUAUGGCCGCGGCAAGGACCGCGUCGACCCCAGGUCCAAGGGCGUGCCGUCCGGGGCCGAGAUCCCCAACCGGCCGACCGGGCAGCGGCCUGCCACCGCCCCGCAGGCUGACCCCAACAACCACUUCCCCAACGCCAACCCUAACCCCUGGUUCAUGGGUGGAGGGGGCGUCCCUUUGGCCAACGCGCGGUGGGGGAACUACACCUUCUCGGCCGCGUUUGGCGGCCUGUUCCCGCUGCUGAGCUUCCAGGUGCAUGGAUUCCCGGACGCGACCGCGUACGGGCAGCCUGCCGGGUUUCCCUAUGGGUACGGACAUGGCCACGGCCACGGGCAUGCUUUCCAUGGUGGGAACGCCCACGCCGCCGCCCCCCGGCACGCGCCGCCCGGGCAGCAGCAGCAGCAGGCGGACGUGUACCUCAAGGCGCUGCUCAUCCUGGUCGGCUUCCUCGUGAUCGCAAGCCUCAUCACAUUCUAGGUUUGUCGGUUCCCACUAUUGUCAUUUGUCACCGUCAUAAUAAGAGAAACGAUUGUCGUGAUACUUCUCAGAUGUUGUGUGCAUUACCUUGGCCCCCCAUACAAAGCCCUGGUCUAGAUCUGAGUGGUGCGUUUUGAGCGAAAGUGUUCAUAGAACUCCUGUAUAUAUGUGCUAUUUAGACGCGGUCCUGUGGGGGGCGCCUGUGUACCGUAGUGGUUUCGCGCUGAUUCGCGAGUGAUUUGGAAACCUCUGUUUGGGGUGGAUGUACCAGACCAAUUAUAUAUCAUGUGUAAUUUUGAUUCGACUGUCCAA